AUGAAGUGGAAAAAAAAAGAAUUUCUCUCAAUUUUCAGCUUAAUUUUCAGAUUCGAUUACAAAUCAAAUUCAGUGGAAAAAUCUGAAUCUAUUAAACAAAAUAUGCUGAUUAAACCGACUUAUAUUUGGCCCUGCUAUUUAAUAUUUGCACUAAGUGAUAUAGUGAGUGGUCAGCUACACAAUCCAUUGUCACAUUAUAUCGAGGGACGCCUUGGUAACAGAAAAAUUUGGUGGUGUCCAUCGGGAUACGGAUAUUUGGCUUACUGUCCACAGCCAACAGAUUGGGAUAGCUACAAUUGGUGCUGUACAUGGCCAUAUUUAGGCUCAUGGAAGCCAUCUUGUUGUCCAUUUGCUAUUCCAACUGGUGCAUUAAUUGCUAUUAUUAUUGCUUCACUUAUUUUAAUAGCUUUGCUUGUUUUCCUGUCCUGUUGGUGUUGCUUCUGUUGUCCACUUUAUAAGCAACUUUAUGAUAUCGAUGAGAAGGAUUAUGAUGCAAGGCGCUAA